AUAGAGAAAGGACGAUGAAAAACGAGUGGAAGAACGCUGCAGUCGUGCAAGCAGACAAAAGACCUUUUCCCAUUACCUGACAGCAUGUGACGUGAGAUUUCCUGCAUCCCGAAAAGACCACGCCUCCCAAGAACGAGGCAAGCCCGGCGAGAUUAUAAAAGAGCAUGCAUUGAGUCAUUGGAGAGAAGAAAGGGUCGCGGAACAAAGCACCAUCUACUGUCUCCGAGAAGUGGCAGUAGUAAAAAAUCAUAGAGAGAGUCAAGUAGACGAUAAAGAAGCCUGCCACUAGUGAGACCGUGGAGAGCAAGCUAAGUUGGGCAGUUUGCAGUGUCUGCGGCGAGAAUCUUGAUGCUAGACACUGUGGAGUAGGGUUGAGAAGCAAGGAAGGAGAAGGAAGGUGAGGAAGAGAGAGAGCAACCCGACAGUCAUGAAGAGAUGCACUUGCGAUGAGCGGACAGAAGAUUCAUCACUCAUUGGCGCCCAGGGCAGGCCUGCAGCGGCAGAACGAUGGUGGUGAUGUUGGUCCGAUCCGAGGCAUCAGUAGAGCCGAGCGUCAUGACGUCCCAGGCCGCCGCUCCCAGAGAGGCCAAAGAUCGUCGUACACCAAAAAGCUGAAAUGCGGAUCACCGCCGAACACGGUCGAAACGUUCAAGAAGAGGAAACGAAGAUGAAACAUAACGGCGGGUGGGGCGAAGUAGUUUGGUCCUUUGACCAACGCUGCAUACUGAGGCUCCGCGAUCACUCGGUUAUCACGCCAGACGGUGGUGUAGGCCACCCCAGUCUCGAGGUCUACGUCUCGAAGACAUUGCUGUUCGGCUCCGACUGCUGAUGCUCCAGUGUUACCUGGAACGAGCCGUCGAGCAGAAACACUGCAAAGAAGACGGCUGCAGACGAAAAACGCGCGGAGAAAGCCAUCGCUUGCAGCGAAAACUGCACUAGGGGUGGAUAGAGUAUUCGUAUUCACAAACCAGUAUUCACACACGUACUGAUGUCACGAGCUGUCCCUGGGGAUUCCCCCUGCGCCAGUCGUGCGCGCCUGUGACUGCGUUUGCCAUAACAAUCCUAUUAGUCGACAACUAAUAAUAAUCAUUGAAAAACAGGGGAAAUAGUGAAUUGUGAGUCAAGAGUCAGUCAUGCAAAUAGCGGCAGUAGACAAAGAUGACGAGAAGAGUUCAGAGUUCAGACUGCCUCGAGAUACUUGAUGAUCCUACGGACGUUCUCCAGUCCUGUCCCACUGGAACCCUGCCAACAAGGAGAGAGGAUGAAAUACACAGACGAAAUAUCAGCUCAUUCAUUUAGGGGAGUGAGAUUUCUUCAGUGGGUUAUAUAUUAUAAGAACAGUCUGUAAUUAGUCAGUAAUUCGACCCAAAGCAAGAAUGCUUUGUUGUUCAUGAAGCACCUUAUUGUUCA